AUGGCACGCUUUGUUUUCCGCUCCAUGAUCUUCUCGAUCAUUGCGACGAUGACCUCCUCCGCCAUGAACAUGCCCUCGACCGCUGCUGGCCCUAUCAGCAAGUACGAGUCCAUUAUUCUGACCAUCCUCAACAAGAAGAACAACGCCAAUGAUGGCAAACAGGCUGAUAACAACAACAACAAAACCAAGAUGGUUCUUCUUCCCCUCGGACAGCUCCAGUCCAUUGCCGCCUCCUUUGCCCAAAUGAUGGGUAACACUGAUGUUUCCGAUCACGACGCUGUCCGCGAUCUCUGCCCGACCAUGCCUUCAUCUAUCUUGGCAGACAUCUCCGCUGCCCUUGCGAUGGAUCGCAACGAAGUAACCAUCAGCCUCGAAGAUAUGCGCCGCCUGGAGGCUCUCGGCAUCUCAGGGCUCUUCUCUUCCUGCAUUAUAAUCACUGACGACACCGUCUCUUCGGAUGAUGACCACAACCGUGCCUCCAAGCAUUCCCCUCACAAUUCUGUGAGCUCGAAUGCCUCAACGUUGGUAGACAUCACCAACGACAUGCCCGACUGGAUGCAAAGCAUCAACCUAGACACAGAAGCCGUCGCCACCAAGUCCUCUGGAGGCCUUAAGGUCAUUGCCGGAUUCAUUGAACACAAUGGCCGGGAUGUCGGUGUCACCAACAAGUGGCACGAGAAGAAGUUGAACGAAGUCACUGAAGAUUUCGAAGAUGAUAUCGAGGUGUUGAAGACUGAACAUCACGAUGAGAUUACCAUUCUCAAGAAGAAGCUCGACACUGCCCACAAGCUUCGCGAGAAUGGAAAGGCCAAGAUUGUGGAUCUGGUCUCUACAAACAAACACCUGAGCAUCACCGAAGUUGCUCAGACGGAAGAAAUCAACAACCUAACGAAGAAGAAUGAUGCCCUUCAGGCGGACAACUCAAAGAAGGACAUCACAAUCAGGACCCUGCAGCAGGAUGUCCGGUCUCUGCAAGCCGAAGUUACACGGAAGAACAACAUGCUUCAGAACUACGAGACCGAGAACCAAGAGCUCAGGAAGAGACUCGACGAUGAACGCACACACAUCGCGGUCUUGUUGGAGCAAGCUCAGGGCGUGGAAGCACAGGAAACCCAAGGCAGCGGCGCAAACAACAGCAACCAGGAGUCCGAACGCCUUGCCAACUACUAUCGCCAGAAGGCGACGGAAAUCCGUAAACAAUACGAGAAUGCUGCCGCGGAAGCCCAGAGGACUUACCGCGCCAUGGAGACGGAGAUCCGUUCAGUGAGGCGUGAUGCUGCCUCUAUGGAACACAUUAAUCAGAACACCUUCCGUCGCCAGAAGGAGCAAGAAGAAAGAGCGGAUUCUCUGGCGGCCGAGCUCGAGAAGUUCAGGGCCGAGAACCAGGAGCUGGUCGCUCAGAACACCAUCUAUCGGGAUCAAGUCACUGCUGGACUCCCAAGUGUCCACGAAACGUUCAACAGGCUCAAAUCCUUCGUUGAUCAGCUCACCGACUUGACAACCGAACCCAAGGAUGCCAUCCCCCAUGCGAACAACGGCAAAAGCAUCAAAGAUAUCUCCACUGAGAUGAAGGAGUUCUACGAUGAGGCCCGCCCCAUGAUUGAAGCAUGCAAAACAUCCAUGGAGAAGAACGCGAAGCAGGCCCUUGACACCAUGGGCCGUCGCAGGGAGAUCCUAGAGUUGAACUUGACCGUCAAGAACCAGUCCAAAGACCUCAAGGCUGCCGACGAGAGAAUCACUGAGCUUGAGAUGGAGCUUGAGUUCGAGAAAGCUGACUCGGACACGGAAAAGGCAGACAUCUCCCGUCUCAACCAUUACGUGGAGCUUACAAGGACCCUCGAAGAAAAAGUGACCGACCUUGAGGGCCAGCUCUUCGAGAGGUGGGAGAACGCUGCGCCCACUGCAUGGCGAGGAAGGUUCCAAGAGCUCCGCGUCGCCAGGGAUCAGCUCCGGGCCCAGCUCCAAGAAAUUCAGAGCAGAGAGGGGGCCAAUGCUGAGAAUCUCGAGAUCAACAAUGGCCUCGCAGAACAGCUGGAGUUGGUCAACGGUAAGCUGACCACCAUGGAAAACCAUUACCGGGUCGCUAUGAGCGAAAACAACAAGCUCCGUGACCGCCUCGGAAUGGAAGUCGUCCCCAGCGGCGUCGACGGUAUCACCCCAACGGAGUCCAAGUUCAUGGGACUGAGAAUGUGCCUGAUCGAGGGAAUGAACCCGGAAGAAGUCCCCGAGGUCCAGGAGGAAGAACUUCGUGGCGAGUACGAGGACCGCAGGACCUCCAUCGACAGAGAGCCCACCACAGCCGAGAACAUUGCGCUCGGUGUGGUUGACCGCAUGGCCAACAUGUGGAAGGCGAUCCUCGCCGACGAAGAUUCCCCGGCCGGAGUCCCUCUCCCCGAGCAAGGACCUGACGUUAACGAGCCGCUGGAUCUCUCUGUCUCAGCGCCUGGCCCUGAACGGGAGCCUCCAUCCCCAACACUUUCGGAUCUGCCAGUGAUCAGUCCGCCGGGAAGUGACGGAUUCCCGGAAGAAGUCUUCGACUACGAUCGAGAUACCUUCUGA